AUGGGUCCAAAAAAGAAAGCUGAUAUUAAAAAGAAGUCUGCCCUGAAGCUUGUGCCGACGGGACCCCCACCAAAGCCGAAGAAAAUACCUCCUCCACCAGCCUCAUUCACCAACGACGAUAUCAUGAGAUAUAAAGAAAUUUACAAAUUACAUGAUGAGGAUAACAUUGACAAGGUGCCGCUAGCAAUGAUCCCGCUUAUGCUGAGGAAAUUAGGAUUCAAUCCCAAAACCGCCGAAAUAAACCAAUUGUUCGAAAUGUUUCUCGAAGACGAAUUUGUCGAUACCGUCGAGUUUCACGAAUGGCUGCAAAUGAUCGAGGCUAAAAUCAGUUGGGGAGAUGACUUCGAGGCAGCCAUCACAAAAGCUAUGGCAGCCUUAGGACACGACGACGAAGAAACUGGAUUCGUAGACUUCGAACUGUUCCGGGAUGAACUGAUGACGUGGGGCGAACCCCUGCAAGAAAUAGAAUUCAUGGAUUGGAUAAAACUCGCACUAAAGGAUAAAACGUAUAAUCAAGAAGACGGGAGGUUUUGUUACGGCAAGUUCGUGGAGAACAUGAAUAAUAAAGACAUGAGAUACUUCAAAGAACCCAUUAACUAUUUCAAACUUGAUCAGAAGACUUUGGCUGAGAUGGCUAUAAAGAAGGCACAAGAAGAGAAACAAGAGCAUGAGAGGAAAGAAGCUGAGAAAAAGGCUCGAGAGGAGGCUAGGAGACAGAAGAUGAUAGCAGAUGGCUUAUUGCCACCAGAUUAAGCGUGUGCUGCUCUGGAGCACCACAAACCGACCUCGUUGAUCAUCAAUUCGUUCACACAGUUUUUGUAAACAAUAUUUUAUUUUUAUACCUUUUUUUAUUUUAUAACUUUUUUAUUUUUAUUAUAUAAUGAUACGAUAUUGAGCUUCCGAGUUUUAAUGUUUAGACCUUGAAUCUUAGCAAACAAUACGUAUGUCAAGCCUUACAAUCCAUG